UCAUUUCCCUUCUGAAGAUCACUCAGCGACCCGCUUCUGCUGCUACUGUACUUGCAAAAUAGUGCGCCCUACUGUCUCUAAUGCGCAUGACUGUACGUCGUAAUAUGAAGUAGGCCUCCUGUUUUUCUCCCCAACCCUCCUGGCCCCCACCACCUCGAUGCAACGUUCAAGUAAGCAAAACACUGAAGCUGCUGUCGAUUAUUCGGGAAGCGUGCGGAAGCGGUCGGACUGCAGAGGAGGCUUCGGGACUGUUUCCGCACGCUUGAGGGAGAGCAAGGCCCAGUGACCCACAUUCAGAGCCGCCUGUGUCUAUGUGUACGAGUGGGCGAGCGUGUGCGCGUAUUCCUGUCAGUGUGUGUAUGUGUGUGCCCGUGGACUGUGUCUGUGUGUGUACAUACAUCUGCCGCGAAAAUGUUUCCACCAUUGCUGGUUUUAGACAUUUCUCCGCGACCGACAUUUACGUUUCUGUGGGAUUUUACGAGGAUCUUGCCCCGCGCGGAUGUUUCAGCUCAGUUUUCUCGCGGUGUUUGAGGACCAAUGGUGAGCAGUGGCUAACGUGAACAUUUGUUAGUGCCUAGAAGGAUCAGAAAUAAAACGGCAAAUAAUUUUGCCUGCAAAGAGACAUUCCAGAAAGUUUGGUUGAACACCAUGCCUUUCUCGUGGUCUGGUCUCCUCUCGUGACCCUGAUGACCUCAACACCAGUUUUGACCAUAGAGUCAUCUUCGGCCCCAAACCCUUUCCACGACCCCUGAGAAAAUACGUUGACUGACUGAGUGCAUAAGCUGCAUUGGGGUGGUCUUCCAAAUGCCUACCUCACGCCUAAAGAGCAAAGCACUACAACCACAGCCCUGAUCAGCAGCCAUCAUGACAUCAAGCAUAAGGGAUGAUUGUAGCAUCUUUGAUGGGUUGAUGGAAGAAGAUGAGAAGGACAAAGCAAAACGUGUGUCCCGUAACAAGUCUGAGAAGAAACGGAGAGACCAGUUCAAUGUCCUCAUCAAGGAGCUCGGCACGAUGUUGCCGGGUAACACCAGGAAGAUGGACAAGUCCACCAUCUUGCAGAAAAGCAUUGACUUCCUGUGUAAACACAAAGAGAUCGCAGCCCAGUCAGAGUCAAGCGAGAUCCGGCAGGACUGGAAACCUCCAUUUCUUAGCAAUGAGGAGUUCACUCAGCUCAUGUUGGAGGCCCUGGAUGGGUUCUUUAUAGCAAUAAUGACUGAUGGGAACAUCCUCUAUGUCUCUGAGAGUGUCACCUCUCUUCUGGAACACCUACCAACGGACUUGGUGGACCAAAACCUGUUGAACUUCCUGCCAAUAGGGGAGCACUCUGAUGUGUACAAGGCUCUGUCCAUGCACCCCACUGACCCAGAGAGCCUUAACACCGAUUUCCUGAAGACUAAGAACCACAUGGAGUUCUGCUGCCAUAUGCUGCGAGGGGCCAUUGACCCCAAAGAACCCCCUGUCUACGAAUAUGUUAAAUUCAUUGGUAACUUCAAGUCACUCAACAAUGUUCCCAAUGUAACGAGAAAUGGUCUAGCAGGGGUGUUACAACGCUCCCUACAACCUGCGUUUGAUGACCAGGUGUGCUUUGUAGCCACCGUUCGGCUGGCCAAACCGCAGUUUAUCAAGGAAAUGUGUACAGUGGACGAGCCAAAUGAAGAAUUCACCUCCAGGCACAGUCUAGAGUGGAAGUUCCUCUUCUUAGACCACAGAGCUCCACCAAUCAUAGGCUACCUGCCUUUUGAAGUCUUGGGUACAUCAGGGUACGACUAUUACCAUGUAGAUGACCUGGAGACGCUAGCCAAGUGUCACGAACACUUGAUGCAGUACGGUAAAGGGAAGUCUUGCUACUACCGUUUCCUGACUAAAGGUCAACAGUGGAUCUGGCUCCAGACGCACUAUUACAUCACCUAUCACCAGUGGAACUCUCGGCCUGAGUUUAUCGUGUGCACACACACAGUAGUCAGUUAUGCAGAGGUGAGGGCAGAACAUCGCAGAGAGCUGGGCAUUGAGGAGUCCAACCCAGAAGUUACUGCAGAUAAGAGUCAGGACUCUGGCUCAGAGUCCCAGCUGAAUACAUCCAGCCUCAAGGAGGCUCUGGAGCGAUUUGACCACAGCCGAACACCAUCAACCUCCUCACGGAGUUCCCGCAAGUCCUCAUCGCAUGUCUCUGACAACACUUGCACUUCAGCAACAGCCUCCAAGCUACACAUGGACACGGCCACGCCUCCUCGGCAGUCGCUGGCCUCAACCAUGGAGAUGACAUCACAGCGCCGCUCAUCCAUCGGCAGCCAGUCUAUGAGCUCUCAGACCACAGGCCAGAGUGUGACUCCAGGUAUGAUCACUCAGCAACAGCAGCAGCAGCAACAGCAGCAGCAACAACAACAACAACAACAACAACAACAGCAGCAACAACAGCAGCAACCACAGCAGCAACCACAGCAGCUGCAGACAAACGUGCAGCCGGUGAUGGAGUUCUCAGCGCAGGUGAAUGCCAUGCAGCAUCUAAAGGAGCAGCUGGAACAGAGAACAAGAAUGAUCCAAGCCAACAUCCAGCGGCAGCAGGAGGAACUGCGACACAUCCAAGAGCAGCUGCAGAGAGUCCAGGGACAGGGCAUUCAGAUGUUGCUGCAGCAGCAGGGUGGAGCGACAAAUGUACAGCUGCCCCAGCCCCAGACCCAGCCCCAGCCCCAGACUCAGACCCAGCCCCAGACCCAGCCCCAGCGUCAGUCCCAGCAGCCUCCCCAGGCUCAGUCCCAGACCCAGAGCUCUGUGUCUGCUCCACUAUACAACACCAUGAUGAUCUCCCAGCCGGGGCAGCCCAACGUGCUGCAGAUCAGCACCAGCCUGCCGCAGAACAACACACAGCAAGGCACCACCGUGGCCACUUUCACGCAGGACCGACAGAUCCGAUUCCCAGCAGGUCAGCAACUUGUGACCAAGCUUGUGACAGCUCCAAUGGCAUGUGGAGCAGUCAUGGUCCCCACCUCCAUGUUCAUGGGACAGGUGGUCACUGCAUACAACCCCUUUGGUGGUCAACAGCAGGGAGGACAAACGCAGACACUGACUCUGCAAGCAGCCCAACCGAACCAAGGUCAACCCGACAACCAAAACCAGACAGCUGUAGUGGCUCCAAGCGGCCAGCAGGGGCAGCAGCAACAACAGCAAUUCCUACAGGGCACUCGUCUUCUCCACAGUAACCAGUCUACCCAGCUGAUUCUGCAGGCAGCUUUCCCACUCCAACAGCAGGGCACCUUCACCCAGGCAACGCACCAACAGCAACCACAGCAACAACAACAACAACAACAGCAGCAGCAGCAGCAGCAGCAACAGCAGCAACGGCAACAGCAGCAGCAGCAACAACAACAAUCUCACCACCAGAGGCACCAGCAGCAGCUGAAACCUCAGCCCCAGAAACAACAGAAAACCCCUUCAUCACACAGAACUGACAGUGUCAGCAGCCAGCCACAAUAAAGACUGGCGGAAAACACGUGAAACUCUUGAGGGAUUGCUGCAUACAGUUGUGUUGGUCAUGUAUCGACAAAUAUCCCUUUCCCCAAAAUAAUGGCCCUCCCUUCCUCUAUCUGAAAGAAAUGAAUUGCAAGGAAAUGCAAGGAACUCUCCCAGGACUGUCAGCAUGGCAACAGGAUGGAUUAAUAUCUCCCUUUCCAUCACCAGAGGAGGAAGUGUGAACCCCACAAAAAUUGAGAGAACACGGUAACAAAAGACUUUUUUUUUCUUUUUUUCUUUAAAGGUGUGUCAAGUGGACUGAUCCUUGUACAGAUUUACUGUAUGAUAAAAGACAACCUGUAAAUAUCCAAUAUAGCCUAACAGGAAACAGAACUGUAGUAUUUUAUAUGAUUGCAUGGAAAGAAUAACUGUGUAAGCUUUUAUUAGUCGCUUUUGAAAAACAAAUUUUUACUUUGUUCAAGUGUUUUCUGAUCUCAGAACCCUUUCUCUACCCCUUUCUCUAAAAGAAAAAAGUCCAUAAUAAGGCUUUAAUAAGUUUUGUCAGUUUGUUUAAAAAAAUGGUUGGGCGUGGGUUUUUUCUUUUGUGUGUUUUUAAACACUGUGUCUCUGAGACAAAAAUGGCUCUUUUUACCUUUGUAACUACACAUUAUGUUUGGCAAGAAACUAGAUUACAGUUUACUGAAUUAUUUGCAGGAAGAUCACUGUACGUGUAACGGGUUUAGUGAUUCCAAGUGCCAAUAACAUAGCCAAUUAUGUUGUUUUUAUUUCGAGCAGACUAUUCAAAGGCGUAUAUAUAUUUUCCAACAAGAUAUUACCCCUAAUAAAGUUCAUGCGUGUGUAUAUAUUAGGGAUUAUUUUUUAACAGUCAGAGAGCCCUAUAUGUAACAAACAGUAUAUCCUCAACCCCCCGAAACCUUAGCACUUGAUGUGGUUGUGUACAGUAAAUCACUGUCGAGACCUUGUUGUUUGUAAUCUGUGGUGUGAUUUUGUGAGCUAAUGUUUGUUUUUGGGAAAACAAUCUCUGUGUGCAUGAGAGUGUCUGUGCUUGGUGUGUGUGUGUGUGUGUGUGUAUGUGCGUGUGCUUGUUGCCCCUUGUGUCUUACAAUGAUUGACUUAGUAAGGGUUUGAAGUUGCUGGACGGUACUUGUAUUCUCAGGAAUGUGGAAAGUUUAUUGCUUCUGCCUCAGUCUGGAACCAGACCAGGAAGGAUUAGCCAGUGAUGCCACAAAGACCAGAGUAAGAAGUGUCACAAAGGGUGUGGUGAUUGAAUUAAAUUUGACCCAGAUUUCUUCAAGCUUUCAGUGUUGUUUUCUUAUCAAAACAGUAUGGAUAAUAUGGUGAAGUCUCAGAAGAGAGUAAAAAUUUUGUAAGGAUCGUGGUUUGUUAAGAUGUGACAGGGUAGAAAUACAGAAAAAUCUUUUUCAGCUCUUCACACAGAUUGGAACAGAUUGGCUUCAUUGUACCAGUGAAUCUACAUUUACCUGCAACAGUCUCAUGGUCUUCUGUAUCAUCAGUGUUUCAUUCUUCUUUCUCUUAAUAGGCCUCAGAAACCCUCAUGCAGUUUAGUUCACUGAUCUCUCAGUUCUCAAACAGCAGUUAAAACCAGGGCUGUGCCCAAGGCCAUUUUAAACACAGAUGGAAAUGGGCUCAGCCCCUCUACUACAGAUGUAAGCCAUAUCAAACAGAAAAGCCUUGGACUGGGGGAAGUGUAAUGGUUGGUAAAGGAGCUUUUAAAAUGUGUAGUUUUGUCUCAGAGUGUGAUAAAGACUGUGUGUGUGUGCGUGUGCGGAUGUGUGUUUGCGUAGCAUCUCCUCUUCUUGAUCCUACUUCUUGUAUCACUCGGGGGUCUGUAUUGGCUUCCCCUGGCGAUAGCCAAUCAGUUCUUGCGUUGCAGUAUAAAGAAAUAAUUGUAAUAUUCAAGAAACUUCCUUUCUGGAUGGGCUUAGUAUUUUGCAAAGCCCGUGUGUGGGACAGCUCGACUUGAAUACAUGUUUGUGUGUCAGAGAGUGUUUGUAUGCAUGUUAACUUUCACUGUAACCCAUUAUAUUUUCAUAUGGAAACAGAUGUGUGACUGAGGAAGAAUGGGUGUUUGGCAAUGCAGAGCAUUGGUCACCUGUCCAGCUAUAAAGAAUAAGGGCAGUGUUAUUGUUUUACAAUGACAGAAUGACAACAAACACUUAUCACGACAACUGCACAUCUGACCAGUCUCAAAUGGUAACCCUCGGAGAUAGGUUUUUAAUUUGGAAUAGUUAUUUGAGCAGCUAAGCAGGGGCAAAACUUCUUCUUGACUUUGUCAGCAAAUGAGGAACAAAAGAGAAGAUUUACAGUGAGGGUCUUACUAUUUGAACCAGGUCUUCCACCCAUCACAUAGAAAAUGUAGAUCCUCCAGAGACUAGUUUGUGUUUAAGGUAUCACUGUAAAGUGAGUAAGUAAUGUUGAAGUGUUUAUAGUUUGUGUCACUGAUACCCAGCCCAAAGAAUGUAAAGGUGUUAUAAAGAGACUAAUGGAUGUUGUAACUGUUGAUUAUGGGGAACCUUUUGACAGGCUUUGUGAUGAAGGAAGAGGGAUGUGAUGAAAAAUCAUGUUUCUCACUGCUCAAUCCAUACAUAAAAUCUUAAAUACAAUCUUAUUUACAGGCUUUGCAUUGUAAAAGAACUUCUGAAUGUUUCACCAUUACAAACUUUCUGUUUCUGUUUUUGCAACAAUAAUUUGACCUGGUUGGGAAAAAGUUUAAAAGCUCUUGAAAGGUUGUAGGAUAUUUGGAACGGGACACCAUGACACUGACCACCCCCACAGAGAUACACAGAUCACCUUUCCACUACAAAAUUUGGUUCUGAAGAGUCCCAGCUCUAGUAUAAUACUGUACACAGACACAAAGCUAAGAACACCAGUAUUCAGUGUAACAGUGCUAUGCUUACCUGUACUGUAUGUACAGUAUGUAUAUCCCUUCUUUUGCUCUUGAACUGUGCUCCUUUAUCUACCCCAAAGUCAAAUGUAAUAAUCAAUAUUUUGAAGCAAAAUGUUUGCUAUUAUUAUAACCCCCUGCUCCCCCCUUGGUCAAUUUGAAAAUAAAAACAGUUUAAAAUAUCA